AGGAAAGUGAAAGAAAAAGAAGGGGGAGAUGGACGAGCACCAAGUGGAGUCCUCCUCCUCCUCCAAGCGCCGGGAGCGCCUCCUCGCCCUCCGCUCCGCCGCCAACGCAUCGCCGGCGGCGGAUCCUCCCCUGUUGCCUGCGGGGAGCCUCCUCCCGGACCCCGACCCCGACCCCGCGGGGGACCAUGCCUCCUCCCCGCACCCGCACCCGCGCUCGCCCCAGCGAUUCGACUACUACACCAACCCCGCCGCCGCCUUCUCCUCCUCCUCCUCCUACUCCGGCGGCGGCAGCAAUCCCACGUGGUCCCACAGGCGCAAGAGUCCUCCCAACUGCUACCCCACGUCUCCUGCCCCGCCGCCGCCUUACGGAGAACCAGACUGUCUGGAUAGGGAGCAUAAAGGCAUUUUGUUAGCUGGACCAGGGAACUAUGGUAGCAACUAUCCUCUGCCACACCAGCACCUUAUGGCUCCGUCACCAAUUCACUCCCCAUCCCUGAUGGCACAAGAUGCACCAGGGAGCAGUCAAUGGCGAAGUCCUAUGCAGUUCCAGGAUCCAAUGUCAGGAUACCAAGGAACUCCUCCUGGUGCUCCUCCUCCUUGGGGCCUGCAUUCUGGGUCUCCAGCUCGAGGUUAUUAUCCAAAUUCACCUAGCUUUGGAUUCAGGCACCCUAAUCCCGGCCGAGGGGGCAGCCCGAUGAAUUAUGGACCGAGAGGUAGCCCACACUCGUCCUACGGGCGAGGCAGGGGCCAAAACUACAACAACAGCCCAGGUUCAUGGGGAAGAGGGGGAAGGGGUGGUGUUGGUUUCCAGAACCGUUCUGGAUGGCAAGACCGGAGGAGCUUCUUCAACCAGUCCAUGGUUGAGGACCCUUGGCAGGACUUGCAGCCUAUUGUUGGCAACAUACUGAUCCCCAGGGGCCGCGCCAAGUCCUGGCUUCCAGAAUCGUUGUGUGCGAAGAAGGAAACCCCUGCUCAAGGCCAAAUUAAGUUGACAUCAUCAGGAUUGAGCCUAGCAGAGUACCUUGACUUGUCUUUCAAUGAGGCUUCUAACGAGAUGUAGAGCUUUUGUAUGUAUCAUUAGAAUUGCAGAUUGCUGUUGUUUUCCCUAUGAUUAAUAGAUUUUCCCUACCUUUCAAUUAUUGUUCCUGUUCUGUUUCACUUCUUCCGUUGCUGUAGAUUCUGCUGCAGGAUGUGAGAAUGUGCCGCCAUGUAACAUUUAUUACUACCAUUUAUGCAUUUUAGCGAUCCUGUUGUAUCUUUCCAGUUUGUGUGCAUUCUUGCUUGCACCUUUUCAGAUCACGGUACCUAACAUAUGGUAUCAUGGAACCAGAUGUUAAGUU